CCCCUGUCCUGCCCCAGGCAUGGAGACCUUCUUUAGGAGACACUUCCAGCGGAAGGCACCAGGCCCUGGAGAAGGGCAGCGACGGCCCAGCAGUGUGAGCCUACCCACGGGCAAGGCCCGGCGCCGCUCACCUGCAGGCCAGGCCUCCUCCUCACUGGCUCAGAGGCGCCGCUCCAGUGCACAGCUCCAGGGCUGCCUCCCAAGCUGCGGGGUGGGCAUUCAUAGUGCCAGCCGCAGGCGCUCCAGUACCGCACCCCCUGCCUGCAACCCUCGCUUUGUGGUGGAUAAGGUGCCCAUCCUGCAGCCUGCCACUGUUGGGGCUCAGCUUCUGUGUGCACCCUUGCUGUUGGCUGGGCUUGUGGGCAUGAAGGAGGAAGGAGAGAAAGGGGUCCAGGAGAGAGCUGAGACUGCUUGGGCAUCUAGUGAUACUCAGCCAGGCACUAGGACACCCAGGCACUCCUCACAGCACGACACCCAGCCAUUGCUUCCCUUGCCCCGUUGUCUGCGCCGAGCCUCCUCCCACCGACUCCCAGCCGACGUGGUGUACGGCCACACACUGUGGGGUCUGCAUGGCCGUUAUCGUCGCCUCAGUCAGCAGCGGCAGUCCUCAGGACAGUACCCUGGCCCUGGGGGCCGAAGCAGAAGAGCCUCGGGCACCACGGCUGGCUCGGUGAUGCCUGCCCGGGUGCGCCCGCUAUCCCGCAGGCGCCAGGUUGCCCUGAGGCGCAAGUCGGCUGGACCCCAGUCUUGGAGCGCCCUACUUAUGAAAGCCAUCUCCAAGUCGGGCCUCCAACACCUGGCGCUCCCUCCUUCCGCCCCUGGGGCCCCGUGUGGUGAAUCUGAGCGGCAGAUCCGGAGCACUGUGGACUGGAGUGAGUCAGCAACCUAUGGGGAGCACAUCUGGUUCGAGACCAACGUGUCGGGAGACUUCUGCUAUGUUGGGGAGCAGUACUGUGUAGCCAAGAUGCUGCAGAAAUCGGUGUCCAGGAGAAAGUGUGCAGCCUGCAAGAUUGUGGUGCACACCCCGUGCAUUGAACAGCUAGAGAAGAUCAAUUUCCGCUGUAAGCCAUCCUUCCGAGAAUCAGGCUCCAGAAACGUCCGAGAGCCAACAUUCGUAAGGCACCACUGGGUACACAGACGGCGCCAAGAUGGCAAGUGUCGGCAUUGUGGGAAGGGCUUCCAGCAGAAGUUCACCUUCCACAGUAAGGAGAUCGUGGCCAUCAGCUGCUCCUGGUGCAAGCAAGCAUACCACAGCAAGGUGUCAUGCUUCAUGCUGCAGCAGAUCGAGGAGCCCUGCUCCCUGGGGGUCCAUGCAGCUGUGGUCAUCCCGCCCACCUGGAUCCUGCGGGCCCGGAGGCCCCAGAAUACCCUCAAGGCCAGCAAAAAGAAAAAAAGAACAUCGUUCAAGAGGAAAUCUAGCAAGAAAGGUCCUGAGGAGGGCCGCUGGAGACCCUUCAUCAUCAGGCCCACGCCAUCCCCCCUCAUGAAGCCCCUGCUGGUGUUUGUGAACCCUAAGAGUGGAGGCAACCAGGGUGCUAAGAUCAUUCAGUCUUUCCUCUGGUACCUUAAUCCCCGACAAGUCUUUGACCUAAGCCAAGGAGGCCCCAAGGAAGCGCUGGAAAUGUACCGCAAAGUACACAAUUUGAGAAUCCUGGCCUGUGGGGGUGAUGGCACGGUCGGCUGGAUUCUCUCCACCCUGGACCAGCUGCGCCUAAAACCUUCACCUCCUGUGGCCAUCCUGCCCCUGGGUACUGGCAAUGACCUGGCCCGCACCCUCAACUGGGGUGGGGGUUACACAGAUGAGCCCGUAUCAAAGAUCCUUUCCCAUGUCGAAGAGGGGAACGUGGUGCAGCUAGAUCGCUGGGACCUCCAAGCAGAGCCAAACCCUGAGGCAGGGCUGGAGGAGCGAGAUGAGGGUGCCACUGACCGGCUGCCCCUGGACGUCUUCAACAACUACUUCAGCUUGGGUUUUGAUGCCCAUGUCACCCUGGAGUUUCAUGAGUCUCGAGAGGCCAACCCAGAGAAAUUCAACAGCCGCUUUCGGAACAAGAUGUUCUAUGCUGGGACAGCCUUCUCUGACUUCCUGAUGGGCAGCUCCAAGGACUUGGCCAAGCACAUCCGAGUGGUGUGUGAUGGAAUGGAUCUGACCCCCAAAAUUCAGGACCUAAAACCCCAGUGCAUUGUUUUCCUGAACAUCCCCAGGUACUGUGCGGGCACCAUGCCCUGGGGCCAUCCUGGGGAGCAUCAUGAUUUCGAACCCCAGAGGCAUGACGAUGGCUACCUCGAGGUCAUUGGCUUCACCAUGACAUCCCUGGCAGCGCUGCAGGUGGGUGGGCACGGCGAGCGGUUGACACAGUGCAGAGAGGUGCUGCUCACCACGGCCAAAGCCAUCCCCGUGCAGGUGGACGGGGAGCCCUGUAAGCUUGCAGCCUCACGCAUUCGCAUCGCCCUGCGGAAUCAGGCCACCAUGGUGCAGAAGGCCAAGCGCCGGAGUGCCGCACCUCUGCAUAGCGACCAGCAGCCGACUCCCGAGCAGCUGCGGAUCCAGGUGAGCAGGGUCAGUAUGCACGACUACGAGGCUCUGCACUAUGACAAGGAGCAGCUCAAGGAGGCCUCCGUGCCACUGGGCACUGUGGUGGUCCCUGGAGACAGUGACCUGGAGCUCUGCCGAGCCCACAUUGAGAGGCUCCAGCAGGUAAGGCCGGAGGAGGUGGGGAACCUAAGCUCCCUUUCCUCCCCAGCCAAUUUUUCCUACUCUCACCCUUUUUUCUCUCAACAGGAACCUGAUGGUGCUGGGGCCAGGUCUCCAACAUGCCAGAAACUUUCCCCCAAGUGGUGCUUCCUGGAUGCCACCACUGCCAGCCGCUUCUACAGGAUCGACAGGGCCCAGGAGCACCUCAACUAUGUGACGGAGAUUGCUCAGGAUGAAAUCUAUAUCCUGGACCCCGAGCUGCUGGGGGCAUCGGCUCAGCCUGACCUCCCCACCCCCACCUCCCCUCUCCCUGCCUCCCCUUGCUCCCCCACACCCCGGUCACUGCAAGGGGACGCUGCUCCGCCUCAAGGUGAGGAGCUGAUUGAGGCCGCCAAGAGGAACGACUUCUGUAAGCUCCAGGAGCUCCACCGAGCUGGAGGGGACCUCACGCACAGGGACCAGCGGGGCCGCACGCUUCUGCACCACGCGGUCAGCACUGGCAGCAAGGAAGUGGUCCGCUACCUGCUCGACCAUGCUCCCCCAGAGAUCCUGGAUGCUGUGGAGGAAAACGGGGAGACGUGUCUACACCAGGCAGCAGCCCUGGGCCAGCGUACCAUAUGCCACUACAUCGUGGAAGCUGGGGCCUCUCUCAUGAAGACAGACCAGCAGGGCGAUACUCCCCGGCAGCGGGCUGAGAAGGCUCAGGACACAGAGCUGGCCGCCUACCUGGAGAACCGACAGCACUAUCAGAUGAUCCAGCGGGAGGACCAGGAGACGGCUGUGUAGUCAGGAGGCCCAUGCAGCAGCUGAGGGACUCUUAGCAGACGCCAAGCGCCCUCCUUGCCCUCCUCACUGCCACAUUCCAGUCAGAUGGCCGCAGUGGGGAGCCUACCCCAGGGAAGGAGCCCCAGGCUGCCCCUGAAGAGCCACCCUGGACUUGGCUCUGGGGAGCUGGGCUCCUACCUAUCUCCAGGUUCACAGGAAACGGGCCCAGCUGCGGGUCCCUUCAGGGUAGCCUCACCCUCAAAGCAGUAGAUGGAGGGCAGGACAGGACAGAGGGGCUCAGCACUGCCAGAGGCCCUAGGGAGGUUUUCGUGCCACCUGGUCUUUAGGGGAGGCUCCUGGGUACCCAGUCCUUCUCCCUGACCCACCUGCCCUGGGCUCCCAGAAACUCAAGAGCCUGCUGUAUUCACCUGCCCGCUGCCCUGCUUGGCAUCUACCCCGUGACCCUCCCCAUGUACCCAGUCAUUCUAUUUCGGACUGUGUGGCCUGGGGUGGGGGGUGGAGCUCGAGGGUGACAUGUUUACAGAUGGGUGUGACUCAGUAAAGUGGAUUUUUUUUUUU